AUGAGCCCCCUGAACUCAACCUUCUUUAAAAACGACACUACAUCCAACAUUGUGCAUCCUGACUUCUUUUUCAUUCGUGGUUUUGCCGGUAUUCCCUACACAAAAUACUAUUAUGGGUUCUUGUGCUUUGUUUACGCUCUGUCUCUACUGGGAAACACUUUUGUCAUGUUUGUCAUUUACACUGACCACUGUCUUCACAGUCCAAAAUACAUUCCAGUUUUUAAUUUGGCUGUGUCCGACUUGUGUGGAAGCACUGCACUCAUUCCUCAGAUGAUUGACACCUUCCUGUUCAAAUCACAUUUAAUCCCCUUUGAGACCUGCUUAACGAAUAUGUUUUUUGCUUUUUGGUUUGUUGCUAUGCAGUCUUUCACUCUCACCGUUUUGUCAUAUGACAGAUGUGUUGCUAUAUGCUUUCCACUGAGAUACAAUGAGAUUGUGACUAGUAAAUCAAUGUUUGUGAUCAUAGCCAUAUUAUGGAUUUUUGCAGGAACGGUCAUUUUCACAGCUGUGAUUUUUAUCAGCACACUGUCAUUCUGCAAAUCCACUGUGGUAAACAGUUAUUACUGUCAUCAUGGACCCUUACUUCGUUUGGCGUGCAAUGACAACACUCCCAGUACUGUGAUUAAUCGGACACAUCCUGUUGUGAUUUUCUGGCUUCCAGUACUUUUUAUUACAGCUACUUACAUCUGUAUAGCCAGAGCAUUAUUAAAAAUUGCAGCAGCCUCAGAGCGCUUCAAAGCCAUGAAAACCUGCACCUCUCAUUUGAUCUUGGUGAGUGUGUUUUAUCUUCCGAUAGCCUUCUCUGUCGCACUGGGCUCUACCAUUGAACAGAACACCAGGGUUAUUAACAUGUCUAUGUCAACUGUCUUACCACCUGUACUGAAUCCAAUCAUUUACUCACUGAAGACAGAAGAAUUCAGAGAAUCCAUUAAAAAGCUGUACAGACGAAAGAAGCUUCACCUCACUGUAAGGAAUGCAUGA